UCAAAGCAAAGAAUCCCUAGAUCUCUCCAUGAGGAUGGAAAGGAAAAGAGAAAAAGUCAUAUGAGAGCAGUAUUUGAAUUUUGAAUCCAGCCUCAUUUUUUUUCAGUUACAAGCAGUUAUCAAGACACUACAAAGUAGCAGACACUUGCAUUUCUCUAUCUCCCUUAACCACCUUCCUAUCCUUCUCAUAUCUUCCUCAUACCAUAAACCAAACAUACUCCCUUCCAUAUCCAGAUGACAUCCGUUCUCUUCUUCUUGCUCUCUAUAUUUUUCGCUCUCUCCUUUACCGAUGGGACUCAACUCAUAAUAGUGAACAACUGCAAGGAGAGCAUAUGGCCUGGGAUUCUCGGCAGCGCAGGGCAUCCAUCUCCCGUGGACGGUGGUUUCCAUCUUGGCAGCAACGAGCAAGUUGUUCUCGAAAUCCCAGAGAAAUGGUCAGGUAGGCUUUGGGGUAGGCAAGGUUGUUGUUUUGAUCAAAAUGGCAAGGGAAGGUGUGUUACUGGUGACUGCGCUCGCCAGUUACAUUGCCAGGGUACUGGCGGUGAGCCUCCGGCAUCAGUGGUCGAAAUGACACUAGGGACAUCUACAUCGCCCCUUCACUACUAUGAUGUGAGUUUGGUUGACGGGUUUAACCUUCCAGUCUCUAUGGUUCCAGUGGGAGGUGGGGUUGGAUGUGGUAUUGCAGGGUGUGAAACUGACUUGAAUAUUUGCUGCCCAUCAGCAUUGGAAGUGAAGCAAGGAGAUAAGGUGGUUGGGUGCAAAAGUGCUUGUCUGGCUGCGAAAUCUCCCAAGUAUUGCUGCACUGGGGACUAUGCAACUCCCCAGACUUGCAAAGCCACAGUUUUCGCCAAACUCUUUAAGGCUAUCUGCCCAAGAGCGUACAGCUUUGCCUAUGAUGAUUCAUCCAGUCUUCGUACAUGUAGGGCACCUCGGUAUGUCAUUACCUUCUGCCCACCUAAAUAGGGUAUGCUAUAUGGUCUGCAGAUGAGGAGGUUGGCUUUUUAGAGAUUUAGUUUCUUCUAGUCAGGUGUUAACAGUACUUUUUUGAUUUUAGUUUCUUUUUUCUGCAAGUUAUCUGUAGCAUUUCGAUGCACGUUGAAAUCUUUAGUAUUCCCUUUGAGAUGUUCUGUAUUUUAGUAAAAGGUGUAAACAGACAAUGUUUCUGUUCUUGAAGCCAUUGCUUCUGAUAUAUACAUUUAAAUGCAACUUCAGCCGU